GGCCGAGAACUACCGAUCCCGGCGUCCCCCCGCGCUCCACCCCUGGGCCGUGACCCGGCGCCGGCGGAAGGAGCGGCUCCGGCAGGAAGGAGGCGCACGGCCCGAUCGCCCAGCCGCGGCCAUGAGCUCGGCACGGGACUCGCAGGCUCAGCACGGCCUCAAGCGAGCGGCCUCCCCCGACGGCUCCGGCAGCUGGCAGGCGGCGGAUCUCGGCAACGAGGAGAGGAAGCAGAAGUUCCUGAGGCUGAUGGGCGCGGGGAAGAAAGAACAUACUGGCCGCCUUGUUAUCGGAGACCACAGAUCAACCUCUCACUUCAGGACAGGGGAAGAAGACAAGAAAAUGAAUGAAGAACUGGAGUCUCAGUACCAGCAGAGCAUGGACAGCACCAUGUCUGGACGAAACCGGCGCCAUUGUGGACUGGGUUUCAGUGAGUUUCAGGAAGUUGAAGAAGAGGCAGCUGGGCAUUCCUCUGACCAUGAGAGUUCAGAGGACUCCGAAAGCGGCUCUGAUUCAGAGCAAGAUGAAUCUGCAGAGGAACUGCAAGCUGCUGAAAAACAUGAUGAAGCUGCGGUCCCAGAAAACAAAAAGGAAGCAAAAAGCAAUUAUAAAAUGAUGUUUGUUAAAGCCAGCGGUUCAUAACUGCAGAUGUAACAGCUUUGUAUUUAAAGUACAGUAAGCCUUAUUGUUACAGUGCAAAGUGGAGGACUGCUACAGCACAAAUCUUUGUAUUAUGAUUUUAAGAAGACCCUGUUAGAAGACAAGAAGUAGUGUUUGCUUUCAGUUGCCAUGGGCACAGUGAGAUUCCUGGUUUUUGUAAAGUGUAUAAAAUAACGGAUGAAGAAAUAAAUCUUUGUUCCUGCCCGAUCUCUACUAUGUUAUCUAAACUAUCCUCCCCCUUAUUUCAUGCCAGAUUAGAGAAAUUCCUGCUUUUGGUUUCUUCAGUAAUUAGUCUUGAAUUCUUAACUGUGAGUUGACACGCGACUUACUGGAUGUUGCAUUAGUUGUAAAAUAACCAGUAUCAGUACUUGCUCUGUGAUGCAGUAGAGCUUUAAAGUGAUUUUGUCAGUAGAUGCCAGUGGGGACAGGUCUAAGAGCAGAACCUGCUCACUUCUGUGACAGUAUUAAUCACUGUAUCCAGCUCGAGUCCUGCAGCAGUUGGUAGGAAAAUAUAUUUUAGAACUGAAUUCUACAACAGGAGACUCUAGUUUUUUAUUUCUUCAGGUUGAUUGUAGCAGAGGAGUAAGAAAUAGCAGGUUGUAAGCUUUUGUACUCUUGACUAGAAAAAACUGAUUUUGAAAGACUGGCUCCUGGUUAAAGGACUGAGCUGUUAUUUUUUAAUAAUUCCUCCUAAAGAACUCAGUUUACUUUGAAAGAGAAUGUAUACUUUGAUAAUGAAAAGGAUAUGCAAAUUACUUAGCAUUUUAAGGUAUAGAGUACAGAGCUAAACUUGUAAACCUUUCCUCGCUUGGUUGUCUAAGUGAAUUACUAUGGCAGGGUUGCAUCUCUCUAGUAAAGCUGAUGUGCUUAAAGAGGCAGGACUUCAGUAACUCCUUUCAGCAAAAGUUAAGCACAUCCAUUCCUCUGCAAAUUUAGAGUUUAUUGUAUUAAAUCAGUAAAAUAACAA